GUAAGACGUAGCGAACGACAUCGGACAUGUUUGUUUUCAUACCGGUCCGAAUUAACGUCGCGAUUGGUUCAAAAUCCAUAACUGGCCUCCGAGAGCCAGGUGUCGUUCACACCGCGGCCUCGCGCGCCUCGUCUCGUUAAUCACUCGUGUUCGCUAUUGUUAUAGCGCGUCGCACAGCCAUCUUUGUCAAAUUACAAGCGAUUCAUUUCAAUAAUUUGGUUGUGUUCUAACAAAUGGAACAAAACAUAGAUACUGUUACAGAUGUGUCGUGUUAUAGAAACAAGUACAUUUCUACAUUCUCUUUUGUUUUAUCGCUGACGCUACGUUGAAUGGAAGCGUAACGACGGCUUACGGAGUUAACGAUCAGUGUACCAUUAAAAUGAUGGAUGAUGUUGUAUUUUGCAAAAACUUUGUAGUGUCCUUUUUAUUAAAUAAUGUGAAGGGCGCUAUUUGUGUUUAUGUUUGACUAUACAUGUGAUGAGAACUGCGUCGUAAUUUGUCGUACACAUUGCAUAAAUGAGUGGAAUGGCGUUGCGGAGCGCGCGGGCCGGAGCAUGCGCGCCAGUUUCCUCGCGACCGCUGGGAACGCACUAAGUAUCCUUCGUUUAUGUGCAUAUCAAAAUGGGAAGGUCUAGGUUCCCCGGUAAACCACUAAAAUUCCAGAACAGAAAGCGUAUCAGUGUCCUAUCGGGUGCCAUUUAUCAUGAAACGGCACCAGAACAACAUUCAGCCAGCCGAGGCUCGGCUGCCAACGAUUUUGCUGGAGAGAAAGAGGAAGAGGAGAAGAAGGAAAAUAAUGGUGACAAUGAGACAAACUCAGCUAAUGCUGACAAUAUAAGUGAUAGUCUUACAAAAAAUAUUCAAGAGCAUCCAGCUAAUACUGAUUCCUCGAAAUCCCCUGUUCGUACAAGAUCACAAAAUAAAAUGGAGAUACCUAAAAAUGAGAAACCUAAACCAGUGAAGAAAACAGUGACAUUCGGAACAGUAGAGAGUUGUGAAGAUUUGUUUUUGCCACUUAGAAAGAUUCCGAUAAAACAUCAUGCGCCGCUUGUGUCUAUUAUGAAAAAGAAAUCUUCAUUCAAACAGACGGAGUAUUCCACAUUCAAUAGUAUUUUAAAACCCGCAAAAUUAACAGAUUUAAGCUCAAAAUCAUCGUUGGAACCUCAAGAAGGAUAUCUAAGACGGAAUUUAAAUCCCCUUUCAAAACCGACCAAUAAAUUUUCACAAUUCAGUCGCAGUAUAUCACCACCUCCUAGAAAUAUAUCACCUAUUGAAAGGGAUAGUUCAACUUCAACAAAAUUUGUUUUACCUGUCAGAAGUUCUCACUCGUCAAGAGUAAUUAAACCUAAUAAAAGAUUCAUUGAAGGUGAUGAACACACAUUGGCAUCGGUUGCGAGUAGCUUAUCAACUGGAAAAGUCUUAAAGAAACCCAAAUUAAAGAGGCUAGUGUUUAACAAUCUGCAUGAUGAUGAAGACACUCCAGAGGAAGAAGAACCAGAGAAACCCAAUGACAGUGAGAAGACUAGAGACAAGCCUGUAUUAGCUUCAAGUUUGUUCAAGGAUAAAACGACAAAUUCAUUUUCUAAUCUCAGUAACAGCAAUUCGAGGAAACCUGUGCGAGAUUUUUUUUCAUGUGAAAGAGAUGCAAAAGAAUCAGAAUAUCUUCAAGAUGAAAAUUCUAAUGUGGAAUGUAUGGAGAAAUUGAAGUCACCGGAAUCAAAUAAAGAGGAAAGAGUGGGUCAUGCUAUGAGAAAGCUUAUGGAUAUUUCAGAUGCCAGUAGUUCAACCAGCAGUACUGGAUCUGAGUCUGAGGAGAGUUGGGAGAGUGACAGUCUUGAAGGUAGUGGAGAAGAGGGAGAAAAGCAGCAUCCAACUAGUCCAGAAAAGGAUAAAUCAUCAGCAUCUCAAUUAUUAAGUGGAAAAGUGAUUAUUAGAGAGGCAAGGUUACAAUUAACUACACCAGCUCCAUCAACAACAGGACUUGAUGGGCCUUUUUCUGCACUGUCAACAGUUUCAUCUAAUAACCCACCUGCUACAGUUACAUGCGGGGUUUGUGGUGCAGUCAGAUUUUACCGGUUUGUACGCCAAGCUCGGAAGUUUGGUAUCUACUCUUGUGAAUCUUGCAGAAAGUUCAUUUCAAAGUUACUGAAAAAAGACAAGAUGGUUUUACGAACACAACCUGUGGUCACACAUUGUGUUAGGGGUGAAGGAAAUUGUCAUGUUCCCCCAGUAGUUAGAUCACAGCAAUGGAAAUUACUUAAGUGUACAAAUAAAUCGCGCUGUCCAGCUUGUUGGCUUAAACUAUGUCUAAAGGCUUUCCAAGUGCCACCACAUAUACGAGCUACAUUAACGGCCAUGCUGCCUCCUUACAUGAGAAGUGGUUCUAAGCCUACUGGACCUCUGUCACAAACUUUGCCCUUAAGAAUAGGCUCAAGCAAUACAGCUACUACACAAGCACCGUUCAGUUCACUAGUAACUGAAAAUGAUAAUAAUAUAUUUGCUAUUAAACCAGCAAAGAAAUCUGAAGAAAUUGAGAAGGUUGAGAAGGAAAAGCAACAAAAAGAUGCCCCAGUAAAUGAUGAGUCCAAUGAAGAGUUUAGUGCUAAUAGAAAGCGCCGCAUAACAAGGGUAAAAGUUAGGAAGAAAGAUAAAGGUGAACCAAAACAAAGUGAAGACCCCAAAAGACAAAAAAUGGAACUCAAAGGUCCCAGAGUUAAACACGUAUGUCGAAGUGCAUCCAUUGUUUUGGGGCAACCAAUCGCAACAUUUCCCACACACGAGGAAAAAGAAAAACAGGACAAGUCUUUGCAGUCAGAAGAUGACAGCAAUUCUACGCUUGUUGUUGACAAAGAUAGAAUCACACCAGACUUAUCAAGUUGUGAUUCUGAAUUAGACACUGAGAAUAAACCAUUGCAAAUUGUUCCUGAUGUUGUGGUUGCUAAGGAAAAUCAAGAUCAAGAGACUUUAAUGGAAUCUAAAAAGAGAAAGAUAGAUUCAUUAAUUACAAUGAAACCACAGAGUAAAAAUGAUUCUAGUGAAGAUGAGACUGUCAUGGAUCUGGUGCCUCGGAAAACAACACUGAAACCGCUUACAAACAUUACUAAUGUCCGAGGACGAGCCCAAAAAUGUGGCCAAAAUCGACCAGAGUUGAUUUGUGUUGAUUUCUGGGAAAGCUAUGAUCCUGAUGAAGUUUGUAACUCUGGAUUUGGCCUCAUAGGCACUGUCCCAUUUACUUUGGCAAAACUUUGCUUUCUAUGUGGGAGUGCAGGGAAAGAAAAGAUGUUAGUAUGUGGCAGUUGCUGUGAAUGGUACCACGUGUGGUGUGCGGAGGAGGCAGGCGGCGGUGGUGGUGAAUGGACGUGCGCGCGUUGUGUGUGGUGUGCAGCUUGCAAUCGCCCGGCCGCUAGGCUGCGGUGCCGCACGUGUGCGAGGCCCUACCACGCUGCGUGUCUGCCUGCUGCACCACCUGACCAUCGGAGCGAUUGGCCCCAGAUUUGCAGUUUGUGCUUAAAGUGCAAGAGUUGUGACAGCAGCAGGGUUAACAAGUUUGUAGGAAGUCUUCCAUUCUGCAGACCCUGUUUCAAACUGCGCCAAAAAGGAAAUUACUGUCCUCUUUGUCAGGCUUGUUACAGAGACAACGAUUUUGAUAGCAAGAUGAUGGAGUGUGGCUGGUGUGCAAGAUGGGUCCAUGCUAGUUGUGAAGGCUUAUCUGGUGAGGGCUAUCAACUGUUGUCUGCAUUACCGCCAUCUAUUGAGUAUAUUUGUUGUAAGUGUAUGCCUACGGAUCCACCAUGGAGAAAAAUGCUUACUGAACAUCUAAAAGGAAGAUUAUUACAUCUACUUAAAUUACUAGCAAAAAAUAAAAAAGCGUGUGCACUACUAAAGCUAACACCUCACAAAAAUACACCAGUGCCCAACAAGCCUUAUAGACUGAUGUCUCCACAGGCUAUAAGAAAACUUCACUUUGAUAACAAUGAUGAGUCCAUGAAGAAUACAACAGAAACGAAAGUAUACAGGAAUACUGCCAGAGGACGACGUUGUAACAAUUUUGGACAAAACAAAAGUGACGAACUUAUCACUUCAGAAAUGUGGCAUUGUUCAUCCUUAUUGCCUGAUGUUGAAAUGGAGAAGGAAGAGAUUCCUCAUACUUCCCAUAAAGUUGUAAAUCUUCAAGAACCUUUAAUGCAAAAUAAAGAAAUAUGCUUUUCUACGGGUCUAUACAGCAACAAAGCUGAAUUUGAUACACCUUGCGUGGAGGUUCACGAAAAUUAUCCUCCUCAAAGUAAAACAGAAAAAGCCACAACCAUGUUGCCAACAACAUUACACGAUGAAAAGUAUGAGCCCAUUUCAGAUGAUGAUGAGCCGACUAAAGAUUUUCCUCAAGCUCGUAGUGAACAAGAUCUAAGUCCAGCUAUUAUUAGACAAUCAAAAAUAGCUAUGGAUGACAGCACAAUGGAAGACUUAAACAGAUUAAUCUCACCAUCAUUAUUGGAUAUAAAGAAAAGAGUGAACAGUGAUGAAUACAUUUCUCUAAAAGAUUUUAAUCAUGACAUGAAAGAUGUCAUUGAAAGAACAGCAAGUGUUGAUCUACAAACAAUUUAUAAAGAUUUAUUCACUGAAACAUUUCCCUGGUUUGAUUGUGAACAUAAUUGUUUACAACCAAAUUUAGAAGUUGAAGGAGAACAGGAAGACUCAGAUUCUUUAAAAGACAUUGAAAUGACUGAUACUAAGGGAAUAAAAGCUACUAUCCAUGUUGGGCGACCUCUUGAUCAAAUAGUGCCUAAACUUGAAUCCAGUGGGCAAAAAGUGGAAGAAGAAUUACUUGAAUUUUAUCCUAUGGUUGACUCAAGAAUUUGUAUUUUGUGCAAAACAACUGGUGAUGGUCUACCGUUUAUGGAAGGGCGACUAUUAUAUUGCGGACAAAACGACUGGAUUCAUGCAAAUUGCGCAUUAUGGUCUGCUGAAGUCUUUGAAGAAAUUGAUGGUUCACUACAAAAUGUGCACUCGGCAAUAUCUAGAGGGAAAAUGAUAAAAUGCGCAGAAUGUGAAGUUAAAGGUGCAAGUGUCGGAUGUUGCGCCAAAAAUUGUAGUGAAACUUAUCACUAUGCCUGUGCAAGGAAAGCCAGCUGUGCAUUUUUGGAUGACAAAAGAGUAUUUUGUCCAGCUCAUGGAAAAGAUGUGCCAAAAAAGAGCUUGCAAAAGGAUGCAGAUUUUGAAUUAACAAGACCGGUUUAUGUAGAAUUGGAUAAAAAGAAGAAAAGAUACAGUGAAAUUAAUAAAGUACAAUUUCUUAUGGGAUCAUUGACUGUACACAGUCUGGGAAAAAUUGUACCCUCAGUCUCAGACUAUGAAGAGUUUUUGAUGCCUGUUGAUUUUUCAUGCAGUCGACUUUUUUGGUCAUGUAAGAAACCUUCUAAAAUUGUGAGAUAUACCAUAAAAACGAAGCUAAUAUUGGCUGAACCAAUGCCUGGAUUUGAUUUUGGUGUUAAUAUCACUGUUAAUCAUAGCAUGGAUGUUCAAAUUGUAGAACGUGUCAUGGCCGAAAUUGGAGCAUGGCAUGAAAGCUUAGAAACAGGUACUAGCAAAAGUGUUUUUAUGUUCAAAAAUGAUAAGUCACCAAUUAAAUUCGGAAAUACAGUUACAUUAGAAGAUUUAGCAGUAAAACAAGUUGUAGAAUAUUUACUAGAUAAUGUUUGUAAACAAGAGCAAGAUGAGGAAGAACCUCAAAAUACAGCAGAUCUUUUCCCUCCUGAAGUAAAAGAUGCAAUAUUUGAAGAUCUAAAUCAUGACCUUUUAGAUGGUAUAUCUAUGCAAGAUAUUUUUCCGAAGUUGAUGUCGUACGAAGAUCUUGUCGCAAUGGAUCUCAAAAAUGAGUUUAUUGGAGCCAUAAGUCAGUCAGAUGAUAAAUCGGAUUCACGUUCGAGUGAUUUUAUUGACGAAUUCUUUAAUGCACGCUUAGAAUCGAGUAAUAAAGAACUAAAAAGAAGUAAAUCAGAGAUGUUGUUGCAAAAUCACAGUUUAAAGACAUUAACCACUGGCCGAGGACAACAAAGAUCUACUAGUUUGACUUGGAAUAAUAAAUUUGACACAAGUUUAUUAUCAUCCACAAUAAAAAGAUGUAAAAUGGGGAAAUCAACAACUGUAACUGAAAAAUUUAGUCCAAUUCAGAGAUCGACAGAAAAUUCUUUGGAGACAAUUAAAGAAAUAGAUAGAAGCAAUGAUAAAAAGACAAAAGUUGAAACUAGUACUGGAUCUGAAGUAUGUCAUGACACACCCCAUACUUCGGGCAUUAAUUAUUGUACAACAUCACCCAAACAAAAAGAAGAGACUAGUACAGAAACUAAGAAUAACAAAUCAGAGGGUUAUUACACAGACGUUAUAGAUUUUUACACAAAAAUACAAUGCAGUCCUAUUUCCCAGUUAGAUGGUGCUGCUGAUUGGUCUGGUUCUGAAAGUAGUUGCAGUUCACGACCUGGGAGUCCACAAGAUGAUUUCACACCUAUUCAACAGCUUGAUGGAGCUGAAGAUAAUCACCCAGGAAAUGAUAAUGUAAUGAAAAAUCAUACAAGUCAAUUUUUGUACAGAGCAAGUGGCACUGAAAGUACUUACACUGUUACUAUUGCUGGUAAUUCAAUAAGUGGGCAACCAGAAUUGGUUAUGCGACCGCUUGAUGAUACUUCAGGGUCAGCGGGGCAAAUGGAACAGUUAGUAAGAUGUGAUAGAUGCCAAUGCACAUAUAGAAAUAAAGAAUCUUAUGACAGGCAUAUGCCAUCUUGCGAUAUGAUGUCUACUAGCGAAAGUGAAAGUGAAAAUCCAAAGUCACCUGAAAAUAGAACAUUAACAACUCUACAAAAUGCUUUCCAAGGAGGAUUUGCUCAGCCUAUGAUUAUACACGCAGGUGUUGUUAGUGGCACUGAAAAUACUGUAAAAGCUGAAGGAAUAUCUGCAAGAAGAACUUCAAUUAAUACAAGACAAAUUACAAUUAAUGGCACAAUAGUGGAAACACCUUCUCCAGGUCCAGCUAAUGAAAUGACCAUGACAAUAACGGAACAAAUGAAAUCAGGUACUGUAAUAUUUGAUCAGAGUAAAACAACUAAUGUACAAGUAUCGACAAAUCAACAAGUUUUAUCAUCACCUCAAAUAGUUGUAACCCCCCAAAUGCUACUACCUCCUAAAACUAGUUCAGCUGGAGGACAAAAAAUAAUGGCACCACAAAUAAUUGCGCAACCAGGCAUCUUACCAUAUAAUAUUUGUGUUAAGCCAGGAACAGCCAAUACUAAUAUGCAACAAAUCCAAAGCAAUGCAGAUAUGGCUCAAUUAUUAUCGGGAUCAGGUGGAAUUCAAGUUUUAUCAUCAAACUCUAAUCAAGUACUUACUAUACCUACUAAUCAAUCUGGAAACAUGACACCAAUAAUUCAAGGUAAAAAUCAAGUUGCGAAUUUCCCAAAUAUGGCUAGUGCCACUUCUAUUACCCUACCAGUAAACUCAAUACAAGGAAUGCCAAAUACUUCUAUUAUUCAAAAUAUUCAACCAAUGAUUCGACCACAAAUUCAAGGAAACCCUACAAUAGUUGUACCUGCUAUGACUGCUCAAAGGCUUACCUCACCAAAUGCUCAAAAGCAGCAAAUAAUACUUCCAAGUACUCCUCAAAAAUCACCUAAAAAGCAACCAGCACCAGUGCAACCAAAACCUAUUUUCCAAGCCACAAAUCGAGGGAGGGGUAGACCAAUUCCUAAACCAACAACAAUAAAAAGACAUACAAAGUUGGAAAAAACUUUUACAACUAUUAAUCAGGCUCCUCUUGGUCCUGGAAAUACGGUUAUACAGUUACAAACUAAUAAUCAAACUGGUCAGCCUUCGAUUAUCGUACAACCUGUUGCAAAUCAAAAUAUUAUGUCAGCAUAUGUUGAGGCUUUAUCGCAACAACAAAAUCAAAAUAUGCAAUACAUUGCAACAAUCGCACCUCAAGGAGAUUUCAAAACGGGGCCCACACAAUUUAUUUCGCAAAGCGGUCUUGUACCUCAAACAUUUCAAAUACAACAAACAGAAUCUGGGGGAUUAGUAGCAGUUCCUAGUGGAGGGAUACCAGUACUUUUAUCACAAGGAAAUGUCGGUAUUCUUCCACAAGCAAUUCAACAAGGAGCAACUAUAUUACCUCAAGGAGCAAUUCAAACUCAAGGUAUUAUAUCACAAGGUCCAAAUGGUCCGACUAUUCUACCUCAAGCAAUUCAUACACAGAAUGGUACUACUAUUAUACCACAAGGAACCAUUCAAGGUUUGACACCUGGUAAUAUAACAUCUCAAACAGCAACUCUAAUACCAAAUAGUACAUUGCAAACAGCUGGGGCUACAGUGGUGCCACAAAGUGGAAUUGGAAAUGGACAAACAACAAUAAUUCCUAACACAUUGUCUUCACAAGGUAACACUUUGAUAUCUUCUGGUCCCGGUACGACGAUUCUACCCCAAGGUACAAUAUUACCUCAAUUUUGCAAUGACCAGGUCCUCUUGGGAUCAACGCCAACAUUAGAAAUGGUAACGGAUCCAUCUGGUUGUAUGUAUUUAACAACAACACAACCAGUGUACUAUGGUUUGGAAACAAUUGUUCAAAAUACAGUUAUGUCAUCUCAACAGUUUGUGUCUACAGCAAUGCAAGGUGUCCUUGCCCAGAAUAGUAGUUUUUCUGCAACAACUACACAAGUUUUCCAAGCAAGUAAAAUAGAACCGAUUGUAGAGGUCCCUACUGGAUAUGUCGUUGUUAAUAAUGUCGGUGACACUGUUGUCACACAAUCUUCUAACCAAGCUCCUAAUGUCGUAACUGCUCAUUCGGUGCAAUCAUCUCCGCCGGCUUUGAAAAAUGUUAAAACUACAGUACCUAACUUAACAUUACAGCCAUUACCAGAUAAACAAUCGAACAAUAAUCGCCAAACUCCAAAAGUAAUACAGAUGAGUUCAUCUCCUUUAACGAUUGGAUCCCAACCAGGAGGAAUUGUACCUGGAAAACCAAAUAUGAAUCCAAUAACAUCACAAAUACAUGGUUUGACUUUGUCAAAUACCCAAAAUCUUCAGAGAGUUAAUAUUUCGAAACCUAACAUUGUUUCUAUGUCACCAAAUGCAACUCUUGUAUCAUCAACAGGGCAACCCUUAAUGGCAAUUUCUCAGUCCAUCCCUAAUACGAACACGGCGAAUUCGUUUUCUAUACAAUCACUUCCAUUGUCACAACCUAUUGUUUCAAGUUCAAUAGCACCGACAAAUAAAAAUAAUACAAUAAAAGUAGAAAAUUCGCAUGUAAUAGAAAUAAGUGGAAAUUUGCAUGAAAGUUCAAACUGUACAAGUUUACCUACAAUAAGCGUGGCGCAAAGUAUUAAAUCACCAACACCUUGGAGGCAACCUGAAAAUAAACUUGAAUUGCAUAACAUUGGAAUGAAGCAAAACUCUAAUCAAAACCACUCAAUGAAUAUUCAAAAUAACAUAGUUAGUGGCAGACAAAUGUCACACAAUGACUCUGGAAAAGAAAACCAAAAUUGCAUACUCUCGAUGAGUAAUGCUGGAAAUUGUAUGUCAAAUAAUAUGCACUCACAUCAAUUUGAAUCUAAUAUCAAUACUAGUCAUCACUCCUCAGUACAUUCUACUUCAAAUAACAUGAUUCAAAUAACGGCCGGGAACAUUUAUCCACCUUCACCGGCUAUUAAUAGCAAUUUUGAUGCUGAUACAACAUUAAAAUUGAGUAAGAUUAAUACACUUUCAAAGGCAGAGGGAGGACAUUUAAAUUUUUCUCAAGAAUUAAUGACAUCACAUUCACAGCAACAUGCUCAAAAUGACAAAAGUUUCCAAAAUAUCGGAUCCAGUGAUAAUAAACAGAAUAGUGAAAUGCAAAAUCAAAUUAAUAUACAUAAGCUGAGCAGCUGUCAAGUACAAGGAAAUGUGAACAACUCACCAUCAAUAAGCAUCAUACCUCCUAAUAUGAUACGACCACAGAUGCAAAAUAAUCAAAACUUAAUACCAGUGCCUAAUAAUAAUCAAAUGUGUUCCAUAGCGAAUAGUUCUUCACAUGGGCAAGUUCAAUUUAUGAAUUCUGUUAAUACUUCAAUGCAAAAUGUUAAUAUGUCGUGCCAAGAAAUUGUAAACAAUAGACCAAAUAUGUCGGUGUCGAGUGGGAACAACCAACAGCACGAUAUGUCUAAUGCUUCGUCAAAUCUUGCACAUGGCAACAUGCAGAUAAUGACUCAUGAAAAUAAUCAAAUGUCAUCAAAUCAAAUACACAUAAUGAAUGGACAGAUUCAACAUAGCCGUCAUGUAGAAAAUAGCAGCCAAAUGCAGCAAUUAAAUCAAGGAACAUCUAAUAGACAAUUUCACGAUAACCACAUGAGUGCUCAACAAAGUCAUAACCAAUCUAAUAUGCUUUCUAACCGAAGUACACCCGACAACAGUAACAUGCUAAAUCAAAACAAUAACAUGCAUAACAUGGCAAAUAAUCAUUCUGCAAAUCGUAACGACCUGGGAGACUUAAAUCACAUGCAUUUAAAUCAGUCAAUAUCUAACAUGAGUAAUAUGCAGAACAAUAGAAUGAUAUUAGAUAAUAUACAGUCGCAUGCAAUGAAUACACCAAACCAUCAAAUUCACACUAACAAUAGGUCUAUGGAGUCUCUUCAUAAUCAGCAAAUUCACUCUAUGCAGCAUAUGAAUCACCAUGUUAGUGGUAACAACAAUCGAUCCCAAAUAGACAACAAUAUGCAUAUGAAUCAACAAAUGACUAUGCAACAAAAUAGACAAAUGGAUGAUAUUGUACACCAUCACCAACAUCAGAUGUCUAAUAUAAUGCAGUUACAGAAUAAUAGGCCACAUAUUGACAAUAAUCUGCUAGGAAUGCAUCAACAUGUAUCAAACCAAAUGCACAACAGGCAACAGCUAGAUAAUAACAUGCAUAUGCACCAUAUGACAAAUAAUAACGUCAAUAUGGGGCUUGGAAAUCAGUUAGAUAAUACUUCGUCUAUAUCAAAUAUACAUAAUAAUAGACAUGAUAAUAACUCAAUGGGAAUGCAAAAUAUUAACACAAUGAAUCAGAUGCAAAAUAACAGGAAUUUAAUGGAACACAGCAACCUAAUGCAGCAUCAAAUGAAUAAUAUUAAUUCAAUUAAUAAUAUGAAUAUGCACAACAAUCUUAAUACUACUAUGCAAAUAUCUAGUUCCAACCAUCAAUCUAUAAAUAAUUCUUUAAUGCAUAUGCCUAACAUUCCUGAUAUUAAAAACGAAAUUCAAAAUUCAUGCAGUGGUAGUUGUUCAAAUACCAGCAAUCAGUUUGCUAAUAAUCAAUCAUUUGAAAUGUGCACAAAUUUAAAUUCAAGUAACAAUAUGAUCAUAGGAAAUGGUUCAAAUAUCAUGCACGGUAUGAACAUGAAUAAUACCAACAUUUCAAAUAAUAUGAUGAUGAAUAAUGUUAACAACAAUUCUAUCUACGGAACAAAUAAUCAGAACAAUAUGUCAAACCAUGACAUGUUGAUGAGUUGCAAUAAUUCUGUCGAUCAUAAUGUGGCAAAUCUUAUGCCUAGCAACUCUUCUCACAUGAUGAUUAAUAAUUCGCAGGCGCAUGGAAGUAAUAAUCAAAACCAGAUUAUAAGUAGUCAAGUACCAAAUAAUUCACAAAUAAAUAUAAACAGUUGCAGCUUAAAUCCUAAUAAUCCGACACAAACCUCCAUGUCAAAUAUUGAAAAUCAGAUAAAUAGAACAAAUAUAGCAGUUACUGAUCAAUCCAAGUUUGGUCAAGAUUCUGUCCGAGGAAAGAACAUCAUGGGACCACCGGCUACUCCUAAUAUUCCAAUAGCCAAUUUAUCUAACAAUGAUUGUUCUAAAGCCAACAUAGUUAGUAAUGAACAGAAACAAAAUCAUACAAUAUCAGUGAGUAACCAAAUAGGGUUUAUGCAAAUGAAUCCUCCAAAUACAAACAGAGUUAUUAAUCUUCCAGAAAGAAACAGAUUGAAUAAUACAAAUCAUGAAAAUAAUAUGAGUUCUCAUAUAUCUCAACAUCAUAAUAUUCGCGUUGUUACAAAUAACAGUGGUAAUAAUGUUGCUGGCAUUAAUGAUCCUUUGACUUAUCAACAAAAGAGUGAAAGUAGUACUAUGAUAAAUGUUCCAUUCCAAGCGAUACCGAAUAGUGCGCCUAUGAAUAUAAACGUUAAUUCUAGUAAUAAUACAGUAAACAUAACAGUGCAAAAUAAUCUGGUUGAUCCAAAAAUUGCUUCAAAAACUGCAGCGGAUUUAAAUUUUCCUUUACAAUCAAAUUCAAAUUUACUGCAAAAUCAAAAUAGUAAUAAUAAUAUGAUCUGCAUACCGGUACAAAAUAGCACUAUUAAUUUGCCUACUCAAAAUAGUUCUAGCAUAACUCUACCAAAAGCACCGCCUACUCAGCAGUCUGGAAUACCGACUAAUGUUGUGAACCCAAUGUCGAUGCGACCAAUGAACCGCGUUUUGCCUUUACAUAGAGAUAGUCAAAGUAAAUUAUCUAAGACAUCAGGCUCUAAAACCCCUGCAGUUCCGAAGCAAAGAGUUGUUAGCAAUGAUAUGCCGGAUUUGAAUAUAAAAGAAGAAAAUGUUGAUAGUGACCUUGAAAAGGCAAUUGAAGAAUCGAAAAGAAUGAUGGAAUUAGAAAAAACUAAGAGAGAAAAGGAAGAAAGAGAUGCAUCGCGAGCAUUACAAUUAUCCAAUCAAAUGGAACAGCCAAACACUAGUUCUGCUUCUACGUCUGUUCCAGUGACACGAAAUACGGAUCCUGUUGAAACGAUUCCUAAAAUGACAUCGCUUCCCAGCCUGGAUGUUGAACCUGAACUUCCGAAAGUUUUAUCUGAAAAGGACACUAAUAAAACAGUAGUAACUCCUAAACUCGCUGCGUCAAAGGUAUUAAAGCGUCCUUUAUUAGAUAAAAAACUGGAUACAGAUAUUGUAAUAACUAAAAAACAAAAUAAAGUUUUGAAAGGACAAGAAAAUAAGCUAUCACAACCUAAGCAAAAUCCUGAGCCUCCUAAAGAUGAUGGUCCUAAACUCAUAUACGAAGUAUCUUCAGAAGAUGGAUUUAAUUACUCUUCGUCAUCUUUAACUGAUCUUUGGGCAAAAGUAAUAGAAGCUGUACAAAGUGCAAGAAAGCAAUCCGGACUACCACUGAUUCAAUACAAUUUACCAUCCUCCCCGUCUGGAGCCCAUCUACUGGGAUUAAAUAAUAACGCCUUGAGAUAUCUAAUCGAACAGCUGCCAGGUGCAAAUCGCUGCACCAAAUACAAGAUACGACAAGGCCGUCUACUUAAUAGUUGGGAUAAUGAUUUAGAUCUAAGCGAAGGUUUUAAAGAAAGUCCCUGGGGAAGCGCACGAACUGGACCCGUCGCUAGAAAGCAAAACCAUGAUAUGUUUAGCUGGAUGGCUUCUCCAUUCAGAGAAGAACCUCCUCCUUUCGGUGGACAAGAAGGAGAGAGCAGUAUUUCAAGACGACUAGCGACCUUACCUCCAGCCAUGAGAUUCAGGCAGCUAAAAGAGACUUCGAAAGUAUCUGUAGGCGUAUACAGGUCGCACAUACAUGGACGUGGCUUAUUUUGUAAAAGAGACAUCGAAGAAGGUGAUAUGGUAAUCGAGUACGCUGGCGAAGUGAUUCGAGCAGUUCUAGCUGACCAACGAGAGAAAAAAUACGAGGCGAUGAGCGGUCGACGUGGUGUCGGUGGUUGCUACAUGUUUCGCAUUGACGAUAACCUUGUCGUCGACGCCACUCUUAAAGGCAACGCGGCCAGAUUUAUCAACCACUCAUGUGAUCCUAACUGUUACUCCCGUGUCGUCGACAUACAUGGCCACAAGCACAUACUGAUAUUCGCUCUUCGUCGAAUCACUGUAGGUGAAGAGUUGACCUAUGACUAUAAGUUUCCUUUUGAAGAAGUUAAAAUACCCUGCACUUGUGGAGCAAAGAAGUGCCGAAAAUAUUUGAAUUGAAGAAACAAUAUCCUAUCAUCAGUGAGUGAUUUGAUUGAGU